AUCAAGAUAAUUGAUAAGACACAGCUGGAUGAAGAGAACCUGAAGAAGAUAUUUAGAGAAGUUCAGAUCAUGAAGAUGCUUUGCCACCCACAUAUCAUCAGGUUAUACCAGGUCAUGGAGACGGAGCGGAUGAUUUAUCUAGUGACCGAGUAUGCCAGUGGAGGGGAAAUAUUUGAUCACUUGGUGGCCCACGGCCGCAUGGCGGAGAAGGAAGCCCGGAGAAAGUUCAAGCAGAUAGUUGCCGCUGUCAACUUCUGUCACUGUCGCAAUAUUGUCCACAGAGAUCUGAAGGCAGAAAACCUGCUCCUGGAUGCGAACCUCAACAUCAAAAUAGCAGAUUUUGGGUUCAGCAACAUCUUCACCCCUGGCCAGCUGCUUAAAACCUGGUGUGGGAGCCCCCCCUAUGCUGCUCCAGAGCUCUUUGAAGGCAAGGAGUACGACGGGCCGAAGGUUGACAUUUGGAGCCUCGGCGUGGUGCUGUACGUGCUGGUGUGUGGUGCUCUGCCCUUCGACGGGAGCACGCUGCAGAACCUGCGGGCCAGGGUGCUCAGCGGCAAGUUCCGCAUCCCCUUCUUCAUGUCCACAGAAUGUGAACAUCUGAUCCGGCACAUGCUGGUCCUGGACCCGAGCAAGAGGCUCUCCAUGGAGCAGAUCUGCAAACACAAGUGGAUGAAGCUUGGGGAGGCUGACGCCGAGUUUGACAGGCUGAUAGCAGAGUGUCAGCACCUGAAGACCGAGAGGCAGAUGGAGCCGCUGAACGAGGACGUGUUGCUGGCAAUGGCAGACAUGGGGCUGGACAAGGAGCGCACCAUUCAGUCUUUAAGAGCCGAUGCUUAUGAUCACUACAGUGCAAUCUACAGCCUGCUCUGCGACCGGCUGAAGAGGCACAAGAACCUGCGCAUUGCAGCAUCUCCCAGUAUACCACGAACCAUGACCUUCCCCACCUCUGCUAACAUCCAGACAGAACAGACAGGCAAUACCAUGAGCAUCAACGUGCCCCAGGUCCAGCUCAUCAACCCGGAAAACCAGAUUGUGGAGACCGAUGGAACAAUGAACUUGGACAGUGAUGAAGGAGAAGAGCCAUCACCUGAAGCUCUGGUCCGCUACCUCUCCAUGAGAAGGCACACAGUUGGAGUAGCUGACCCACGGACGGAGGUCAUGGAGGAUCUGCAGAAGCUCCUGCCUGGCUUCCCCCGUGUCACUCCUCAGGCUCCGUUCCUGCAGGUGACCCCCAAUGUGAACUUCAUGCACAAUGUGCUGCCUCGGCAGAACCUGCAGCCCACGGGGCAGCUGGAGUACAAGGAGCAGUCCCUGCUGCAGCCCCCCACCCUGCAGCUGCUGAAUGGCAUGGGCCCUCUGGGGCGCAGGGCGUCAGACGGCGGAGCCAACAUCCAGCUACACGCACAGCAACUGCUCAAACGCCCUCGAGGUCCCUCUCCCCUCGUCACUAUGACACCAGCUGUCCCGGCUGUCACCCCCGUGGAUGAGGAGAGCUCCGAUGGGGAGCCCGAUCAGGAAGCUGUGCAGAGAUACUUGGCAAAUAGGUCAAAAAGGCACACUCUGGCAAUGACCAACCCUACAGCUGAAAUCCCUCCAGACUUGCAGAGGCAGCUAGGACAGCAGUCCUUCCGACCCCGGGCCUGGGCUCCGCACCUGGUCCCCGACCAGCACCGUUCUAUUUACAAGGACUCCAAUACUCUGCACCUCCCCACCGAGCGCUUCUCCCCGGUUCGGCGCUUCUCUGAUGGUGCUGCCAGCAUCCAGGCUUUCAAAGCCCACCUGGAGAAGAUGGGCAAUAACAGUAGCAUCAAGCAGCUUCAGCAGGAGUGUGAGCAGCUUCAGAAGAUGUAUGGGGGGCACAUGGACGAGAGGACCCUGGAGAAGACGCAGCAGCAGCACAUGUUGUACCAGCAGGAGCAGCACCAUCAGAUUCUUCAUCAGCAGAUUCAGGACUGCAUCCGGCCACCCCAGCCAUCUCCACCCUUGCAAGCUCCAUGUGAAAACCAGCCAGCUCUGCUCACUCACCAGCUUCAGAGGUUACGGAUUCAGCCAUCCAGCCCGCCCCCGAACCACCCUAAUAACCAUCUCUUCAGGCAACCCAACAGCAGCCCACCUCCUGUGAGCAGCAGCGUGCUCCAGCCCCACGGUGCUGCCUCCCAGUCCCAGUUCCAGGGGAUGCCGUCCCACAACACAAUCUUCCCGCAGUCCGGUAACUGUUCCCCUCCCCCAAACAUGGGGCUGACGUGCCUGGGCCUGCAGCAGCUUUUGGCGCAACCUCAGCAGGUCACCGUCCAAGUGCAGGCGCGCGGCGACAUGGUCAGCAGCAGCCUGGUGGCCGGGCAGAGCAUGUCCUCCCAUGCGCGGGGCAUGCCCAUGAGCCCCAGCGCCAACCAGAUGCAGAUGCAGCACCGCGCUAACCUGAUGGCCUCCCUCACCUACGGCCAUGCCGACAGCGCCGAGUCGCACAGCCUGAACGUGAGCAGGUAUCCCCCCACCAACUACGACCAGGUGCACUUACAUCCCCACCUGUACCCCGAGCAGCCCCGCGUGUCCCCCGGCAGCUACAGCCCGGCCGCAGGAGUGGGGUUCCCCCCGGCUCAGCAAGCUCUCAAGGUCCCGCAGCUCGACCAGUACCCCAGCUUCCCGCAGAGCGCACAUCAGCAGCAGCAGCAGCACUACACCGCAUCCGCACUACAGCAAGCACUGUUGUCCCCGCCGACUCCACACCAGCAGCAGCAGCAAGAAUUCCAAGAGUUGUUCAGGCAUAUGAGUCAAGGGGAUGCUGGGAACAUGGGCGCCAGCGUGGGACAGAGCCUCUCGGAGCGCCAGUCGUUGUCUUUGCCUUAUCAGAGUGCUGACACGUACCACCCACAGAACAGCCCCCAGCAUCUCUUAAAAAUCAGGGCGCAAGAAUGUAUCCAGCAGGUACCUGCGUCAGUGCCGCCGCACGGAUACGUGCACCAGCCAGCCCUGUUCCAUUCGGAGAGCAUGGAGGAGGACUGCGCGUGCGAGGGGGCCAGGGACAGCUUUCCUGACAGUAAGACUUCAAACACAUUGACCAAAGGCUGCCACGAGAGCACUCUGCUCGUGAGCGCAGGAGGGCACGGGGACCCAGACCCUUUGCUAGGAACUGCUAAUCACGCGCAGGAGCUGGGGACGCACCAGUACAGGCAUCAGCCCGCGGCUGCCUUCAGUAGGAGUAAGGUGCCCAGCAGAGAGUGCAUCGUAGGGAACUGUAUGGACAGGAGCUCCCCCGGCCAAGCGAUGCAGGUGCCUGACCACAACGGCCUGGGCUACCCCGUGCGACCCGCCUCCAGCGAGCACCCGCGGCCCAGGACCCUGCAGAGACAUCACACCAUUCAGAACAGUGAUGAUGCCUACGUGCAGUUGGAUAACUUGCCUGGAAUGAGUUUAAUGGCAGGAAAAGCACUAAGCUCUGCUCGGAUGUCGGACGCUGUCCUCAGCCAGUCGUCGCUGAUGGCCAGCCAGCAGCUGCGUGACAGGGACAGCGAUGAAUGUGGGGAGAGUUUGGAAGGUCAAGAGCAUCCCAACCUAGGUGAUGGCAACCAGCAUCUAAACACCUCCUGUUACCCAUCGACAUGUAUUACAGAUGUCCUACUGAGCUACAAGCACCCGGAGGUGCCCUUUGGGAUGGAGCAGGCAGGGGUGUAACCAGGAGGGAGUUUUCUGUACAGCUUUGAAACGAAAAGGUCCAUUUUAAACCAACAGUAUCUAGCAGCAUUGCGCCAAAUUGCCGUAGUAUUUCUGACUAACUGGAAUACCAUGGCCCCUCUCCUCAUACUCUGCUCCGCCAGCCUCUCCUUCCUUUGGUUUCUUUA